AUCCCUUCAUUAUUUCCCACAUCUUCCUCCCUCCUCGAAUUCUCUCUCUACCUCCUCACUCAUCCUUUCUCUCUUCCCCAUUGCCCCCACCAAAAUCCAUGGAUCAAAAACCACCUCCCCAAACCUCUCAGCAACACCAAGAACAAAACAACCCACCUCCACAACAACAACCACAAGCCAUAAAACAAGAAAACAUCAAACCCGAACAACAACAACAAUGGCAGCAAUCACAACCGUUAGAUGAACUAACAGACGAUCUACAAAGCAUGAGUUUCAACUCAACAACAACAACAGCACCACGAAGCACAUCCUCAUCAUCAGAAACCACCACAACCACAUGGACAACCACAAACACCUCUUCCUUCCACCACACCACCUCCUUACCACGAUCUACUCCCUCCUCUGACCCUCAUUGGUCCGCCGUCAAAUCCCUCUCAUCUAUCUCCAUCACCGACCUCCGUUUUCUCUCCCGUCUGGGGUCGGGUGACAUUGGGUCCGUUUACUUAUCCGAGUUAAAAUCCACGGAAGGCGUUUACUUCGCCGCUAAAGUUAUGGACAACCGUGAAAUCGCCGCUCGUAAUAAACAUGGCAGAGCAAGGGCAGAAAAGGAAAUACUUCAAAUGAUUGAUCAUCCUUUCUUACCUACUCUUUAUGCAAGUGUUGAUUCUUCUAAAUGGUCUUGUUUAUUGACGGAGUUUUGUAACGGCGGUGAUCUACAUGUUCUCCGUCAACGUCAACCUUUUAAACGGUUUGAGGAGUCUGCCGUAAGGUUCUAUGCAGCAGAAGUGGUAGCAGCUCUAGAAUACAUCCACAUGAUGGGAAUAGUAUACCGUGAUCUAAAGCCUGAAAAUGUCCUAGUUAGAUCCGACGGUCACAUUAUGCUAACAGAUUUUGAUCUCUCUUUAAAAUGUGAUGAUCAAUCUACCCCUACCCCACAAAUAAUCACUCCCUCAAACCAAAAUCCUCAACAAGAGCAUCGUCCGAACCUACUAGGUUUGGGUCCCGACCCUACGACAAACUCGUCUUCGUGCAUUCUACCCAACUGCAUUGUACCCGCUGUAUCCUGCUUCAAUCCAAACCGAAAGAAAAAAUGGAAAUUAAAAAAGAAGCCCGGUCGUAGGUUCGAGCCAGAAUUUGUUGCCGAGCCUGUUGACGUUCGGUCCAUGUCCUUUGUCGGGACUCAUGAAUACCUAGCACCAGAGAUUGUGUCAGGCGAAGGACAUGGGAGCGCGGUGGACUGGUGGACACUUGGCAUUUUCAUAUUUGAACUUUUUUAUGGUACAACACCGUUUAAAGGGAUGGAUAAUGAGAUGACAUUAGCAAAUAUUGUGGCUCGGGCAUUGGAAUUUCCCAAAGAGCCCUCGAUUCCAGGUUCGGCUAAGGACUUGAUAUCCCAACUUCUUGCUAAGGAUCCGACCCGGAGAUUAGGUUCAGUAAUGGGAGCUACACCUAUAAAACAACACCCAUUUUUUAGUAGUGUGAAUUGGGCGUUGUUAAGAUGUAUGAAACCGCCUUAUGUACCACCCGUAUUUAGUAUUAGUAGUGUUGGAUGUGGAGAUGUGUCGGAUGAAAGUUGCCCCAAUACACCUGUGGAGUAUUAUUAGUGAUUAAUAUUGGUAAAUUAUAUUUUUAAUGAAAUGGUAAUUUUUCA